UUUUGUGUAUUUAUAAUUUGACAAUUGUUGUUUGUGCCAUUUGCGCCGCCAUUUCUAAACACACACGACAAAUAUUGAACCGGAGACAAAUAAUAAAACCAAAAAAACGAGUAAACAAUGAGCUUCACACGCCAACUGUCCGAGAUGAGCGCCAGCGAGCUAAAUGAUGCCAUCGAUGACACCAAUUUUCCACAGGCUCACAUCCUGUCGCGUGGCCGCAACAACAGUGUCUGCUCAACAAGUAGCACAUCGGGCACCUCCUCCCUGGCCGAGCGUGCCGUGCCGCCAACCACAGCAAACAGCGAGGAUGCCAACUUAACGGGCAACGUUGUGGAUAAUGAGGAACAACUGCAGCAACAACAGCAGCAGCAACAGCAGCAGCAACUGGUGGCCAGCACAACACAUCCACGUCCACGUUUGAUACUGAAGACCAGCACAAGCAUUCCGGAAAAUAGCGAUGGUACACAACCGUUAACACCAAUGACACCGCGCACAUCGACAACGCCAGGUCAUGAGAACUGCACUUUCCAUCACGAUCUGGAGCUGGAUCACAAGCCACCGACACGGGAGGCACUGCUACCUGAUAUGGCACGCUCCUAUCGCCUGCUACUCGGCGGUCUCGGCGAGAAUCCCGACAGGCAGGGCCUGAUUAAGACACCGGAGCGUGCCGCCAAAGCGAUGCUCUACUUUACCAAGGGCUACGAUCAGAAUCUCGAGGAUGUCUUAAAUGGCGCUGUUUUCGACGAGGAUCACGAUGAAAUGGUCGUUGUCAAGGAUAUUGAAAUGUUCUCCAUGUGCGAACAUCAUUUGGUUCCCUUCUACGGCAAAGUAUCAAUCGGUUAUUUGCCAUGCAAUAAGAUUCUGGGACUCAGCAAGCUGGCUCGCAUUGUGGAGAUCUUCUCGCGUCGUCUGCAGGUCCAGGAGCGUUUGACCAAACAAAUUGCGGUUGCUGUGACACAAGCGGUGCAGCCGGCAGGUGUUGCAGUCGUCGUUGAGGGCGUUCACAUGUGCAUGGUGAUGCGAGGUGUGCAGAAAAUCAAUAGCAAAACGGUUACAUCGACUAUGCUGGGCGUAUUCCGCGAUGAUCCAAAGACGCGCGAGGAGUUCCUAAAUCUAGUCAAUAGCAAAUAAUAACAUUUCUAUGACCAUUAUUUUGACUUGUGUCAUUAAUUUGUUGAAAUUUUUAGUUUUCGUUUAGCUAAAUAUGCAAAAAAUUAUAUGUACACGGAAGCAACGCGAAUUUUUGGUGGUGUUGGUUAGUUUUUUUUACAAUAAGUUUACAUUUUGUUCAUUUAUUAAACGCAAUUUAUGGCACAUAAAUAAUAUUUUUAUAUAUAUAUAUAUAUACAUACAAUAAGGGAACAACUAAUGAGACAUCAUUGCAAACCGUUUAGGGAAUUUACAAUUAGGCUACAAAUUCGUAAAAAUAAUAAUCUACUCAUAUACAAAUUUACAUAGAUACAUAUUUAUCUAAAUGUACGAACAAAUAUGUAUUUAAAUGUAUUUAAAAACAAAGAAAACAAAACAACAAAAAAAUAGUAAACAAAUGCAGCGUUCAAAUUGCUUGUUAUAUCUAUAUACAAACAUACUUACAUAUGUUUAUUAUAUGCU